CUUCUCUUCUAUUACGGUUUCUCUUCUUUUGCUCACCUUCUCUUUUUUUCCAAAUAAAAACAUAAUUGUCCUGUCCUUAUUUAAAGUAUUUUAUCAAGCAAUGGUUGAAAAAUUUGCCUAUAUAUACCAAACACUCUCACUAUGGUUUAUACCAAAAGUUGAAGUAGUGAUUUUGAUAACAAUAUAAUAAGAAAAUGGAAGGAAAAAGUAACCAAAAUGAUUCUUCUUCUUCAUUUGUUUCUGACCUCUCUGGCUCCAAAGAGACACACUCAUCUUCCUCUUCUUCUCCAUCCCCUAAUGAAGUGAGGGACAAAGCUAUCAAGGAGAAAUGGGACUCUAUACUUGGAACACCUGAUGUCAUUUUCAAGGCCUGUGGUGGUGGAUCUCAAAAAAUACAAACUGCAGAUAAGAGUUACAUAUAUCAAGAUCAAAGAAUUGAACCAUGUAAUCUCAGCUCAUCAAUACUUUAUGGUGGCCAAGAUAUUAUUCCUCAUGCUCAAAAUACUCGAAAUGAAGGGAAAAACUUAUGGGCCAAAACUGUUGGAGAAGAUGAUUUGGGAAUUGCUUCAAGAGGAGAUUGGUGGAAAGGGGGCCUCUAUUAUUAAAAUCAUCAUUGUCAGCAAUAUUAUCUUAUUAUCUCUACAAGGAACAAAGAAUAGAGCGAAAAUCAAGUUAUGAGGAAGCUAAACAACAAAAGGAUGAAUAUGAAUUUGCAAUUAAUCAUUUGUAAACUUUGUAUUGUCAUCUAUCUUGAAUAAUGUUAAGUUAUUUAUUUUACGAGAAAAUCUCCUCUUGUUAUUUUACGAGAAAAUGAUUGUUUUAACAGUCUUUCUUUA